AUGCGCGAGCACACCGAUCAUCGUUGGGGUGAUUAUUAUUUGUCAGGUGGUCGUAAGGGCAAAAAAGCAUGGGCUUUAGAAUUAAUUCAUACAAUUAAUCAAAUGAUACCUACCUUCAAUGAAUUAUUUGAUGAGGAGACAUUCUAUGUGUUUGCAAUUAUCGUCGUCGUAUCGUCUUUUCUUAUUGCAUUUUUCUUGGCUAAAGUGGUUGGUGUAAGACUUCGCGAAUAUCCAUUAAAUGUGGAUCGUGAGUGGCGUAAUGCAGAGCCUGCAAAUCCUUUUCGUUUUCCAUGGAAUAAAGAUAAUUUGAUGCAUCAAAGAAAAAAUGACUUCAGGGAGGAAUUUCAGAAACAGGUUAUUAAACGAUUGCUGAAAUAUGAAGAUGUCAUUGUACAAGCACCAACUGGUUCAGGAAAAACCCUAGCAUACGUAUUGCCAGUCUUCACCAUUUUACGAAAGAAAAAUGCUUGGUUAGAACGUGAAGUGGGUGCUCUGAUUAUUGUUCCAAGUCGAGAAUUAGCUAAACAAGUUGGUUCGGUUUGUAAACCGUUUGCAGAUGCGUUAUCAUUUAGUAUGCAUGUGAUGAUUGGUGGAAAAAAAGGGAAACAGGAUUUGAAAAGUUGCAAGUUUUUAAAUGCCACAUUGAUAAUAGCUACACCUGGAAGGUUGCAAUCAGUAAUUUCAACUAACGCAGAUUUUAAAAAAGCUUUAAAAUCUCUUGAGAUAUUGAUUAUUGAUGAAGCUGAUCGAUACGAAGAUACAAGCUUCAAAUCUAACAUAACAGAAAUUCUAGAAUCUUUUCCUAAGCAAAGGCGUACUGGUUUGUUCUCUGCAACACAAGCUAAGGAAGUGGGAGAUGUAGUCAAGUUUGGUUUGAGAAAUCCUGUGCAAAUUACGCUCUCUAAUACUGGUUUGGCAGUUGAUUCAGUAGAUAUAGUGUCACCUAAAACAUUGAAUAACUAUUACAUGAUAGUUGAAGCAGACAAAAAGUUGCAUUCGCUGAUAGAAUUUAUUCGAAAUCAUCAAAAGUCGAAAAUCCUAAUUUUUUUUUCGACUUGUCAGUGUGUUGAAUAUAUGCAAAUUGUACUGAAGCAUUUCAUUCAACAGCGACAAAUAUUUGCUCUGCAUGGAAGGAAGAAAAAGAAAGUGGAGAAUGAGUUGGAAAAUUUUCGAAAGAUUGGGAAAUCUUUGAUGCUGUGCACGGAUGUGCUUUCUCGAGGUGUUGAUGUUAACAACAUCGAUUGGGUUGUGCAGUUUGAUAUACCGAAACAAACGAGCUGGUUUGUUCAUCGUGCAGGUCGAAGUGGGCGCUGUGGAAGAGAGGGAAAUAAUGUAUUAUUUAUUACACCAGAAGAAACGGCCUAUAUUGAUUUUAUUCAAAAUUAUGAAAAAGUUAUACUGACAAAAAUGAAGACAAAUUGGAAGACAGAUAGCGAUGGGGCAGAACAGAUGAGACAAGAACUUGUUAAACUGGCUUCAAGCGAGAGAGAAAUCCUGGAAAGUGGUACCAGAGCAUUUAUGUCAUUCGUUGAAUCUUAUGUGCAUCACGAUUGCAACGUAGUAUGUUCAUACAAAGAUCUUAAUAUCACCGGUUAUGGACAUACUUAUGGAUUGCUACGUCUUCCACGUAUGAAAGAAUUCCGUCAGAAAGACUUAAGUGAUUUUAGACGUUCAAAUCUUGAUACAGCUAAAAUACCGUAUAAAAAUGUCCAUAAAGAGAGGCGAAGACAAGAGAGACUAUCACAGGGAAAGCAAGAAAAAAAGCAUCUUGUGAAGAAUGACGAAGUAUCAUUGGAGGCCAUCUCUAAAAACAUGUCGACUGAUAACGUGAAGCUAAAAAAAUUUUCAAAAAAACGGCGAUAUUGCGAAAUUAAAGAGGACAACGAUAACUUUGGUUCUGAUUUCGCGUUGCUGAAGAAGAUGAAAAAAGGAAGACUAAAGAAAAAAGAAUUUGAUGAAUUGAUGGCUGGUUCUUCCUAG